AAGGAUUUUGAUAUUUCUGAGAAAAUGGAGCAGAUGUUGCGGUGGAUAAUACACCAGAAUUUCAACGACGUCGAUCCCAGAAACAAUGUUACAGAUUUCGUCACAACUCGAGGAACACUGCAGCAGAUUUUGUGCUCCCCAUACCAUUUCUUUCCCAGUGAUUCAUGGAGCAUCUGUGCGAGUAAACUCAAGAAUACUAUUUACUUCGCACUUGUGGAGACAGAUGAAAAGGUUUUGCAACAUGCUUACCUUUCAGAAAGAGACAAACAGAUGAUCGCUUGGGGCUUCAAAUUUGAACAGUACAUGACAUCAAAUUCUUCCUAUGGUGCGCCCGAUAUGAGCUCAUUGACGUAUCAACUGGAGGAUUUUUCUAUCGUACUGAGAAGCAAACUCAACGAGUAUUCGUUAUUGUACAAAGCAGAGAUUGAUGGACUUAGAAGUGGUGCAUCAGCUGGAAUCCCUUCCAACUACAUCGAGCUGAAAACUUCCAGAAAUUCGCCACCAUAUUAUUCGGAUAUAAGUUUCCUUAGAAGCAAGUCUGUGAAAUGGUGGGCUCAGAUCUUCUUGGCUGGUGUGAGGGACAUAGUGUGUGGAUUCAGAGACAAUGAUGGAAUAGUCACAUCCAUUGAAACUUUCAGCGAAGCUGCCUUGACUGGAUACGGGAAACUCAACCAACUCCAGGAACUCAUAAGCGGUCUCGUCGCCUUAACGGGACUAUAG